ACGUAUACACACCAUACACACACACACAUACGUCGCGGUAACAUUGUUCACCUAUCAUAUCUCGCUUCUCGAGCCCCGUGUUUAUAUGUUAAACAAUUCGGUGGUGUCGGCUCUUGGCGUGCGAUCGUUUGGCUGAGUGGGCGAGUAAAAAGAGCCCCAGUGCCAUUAAAGAAAAAAAAAAGAGACCAAGAGGAGGAGGAGGGCGCCCCGCGAGAACGACUCGGGCUCGGAUUUGGAAGCGGUGAAUAAUCCGCCCGGUACGGUGCACGGGAGUCCCGCUCGGAUCCCGUCUGUUAUUCUUACUGUUAGGCGAAACUCCGCGGCGUUUCCGCAACGUCCAAUGCGUCGAUCACGGCGGUGAAACCCCAGGUCGACGACGACGACGAAGACAAGGCCGCUACUCCCACGGUCGCUUCUGCAGGAUUUUAGAGAACGAUCGAGCGUGAACUGCCUGGGACUCGUACGUGAGAGCCGUUUCGACAACGGCCGCGCUUUCCGGCGAGGUUCCAUCCACCCGCACCUCAUUCGCCCAGUUUGUCUCCGCGUUGUACGAUGGCCGAGUCCAGCGAUUUGGAUCGGCAAAUCGAGCAGCUGAAGAAGUGCGAGAUUAUUAAGGAGGCCGAGGUCAAGGCGCUGUGUGCGAAGGCGCGGGAGAUCCUGAUCGAGGAGAGCAACGUGCAGCGUGUCGACUCACCUGUGACAGUUUGUGGAGAUAUCCAUGGACAGUUUUACGAUUUGAAGGAGCUAUUUAAAGUUGGUGGGGAUGUGCCAGAAACGAAUUACCUUUUUAUGGGAGAUUUUGUAGACAGAGGUUUUUAUAGUGUCGAAACGUUUCUUCUUCUACUUGCAUUAAAGGUCCGCUAUCCUGACAGAAUCACAUUGAUAAGAGGAAAUCAUGAAUCACGACAGAUAACGCAAGUUUACGGCUUUUAUGAUGAGUGCUUACGCAAAUACGGCAGUAUAACAGUAUGGCGAUAUUGCACAGAGAUAUUUGACUAUUUAUCGUUAUCUGCUAUCAUUGACGGCAAGAUCUUUUGUGUUCACGGUGGAUUGUCGCCUAGUAUUCAAACGUUAGAUCAAAUCCGGACUAUCGACAGAAAGCAAGAAGUUCCUCACGAUGGGCCAAUGUGCGAUUUGCUAUGGUCAGAUCCCGAGGAUACCCAAGGCUGGGGCGUGUCGCCGCGCGGCGCCGGUUACCUCUUUGGCAGCGACGUGGUGGCGCAGUUCAAUUCCGCCAACGAUAUCGAUAUGAUAUGCCGGGCUCACCAGUUAGUAAUGGAGGGCUACAAAUGGCACUUUAACGAGACUGUACUGACCGUCUGGUCUGCGCCAAAUUAUUGUUACAGAUGUGGCAAUGUAGCCGCGAUACUGGAACUAAACGAGCAUCUGCAGAGAGACUUCACGAUAUUCGAAGCGGCGCCGCAGGAAAGCCGCGGAAUACCCAGCAAGAAGCCACAAGCAGACUACUUUUUAUAAAAGCCGUUGUAGAGUACAAAAGGAGCCACCAGAAUCACGUCAGAAUUGAGAUUUAAGGAAUUUUGCUUUUUUUUCUCCUUCUUUUUCUCGCUCCUGGAUUAUUUUACGUUGAUUGUGUAAAGAAGAGCAACUAAAGAUGAGCGACUGAUGCGAAAAAAAUAAUUUCCUAUUGUUUUUUAUGACGACAUGAUUUUCGUGAUUACAUUGGACUAUUUAUCGCACAUUUGAAUGAAACUGCGACAGUAUGCUUGUAAGAAACUCCUGUAAAAUAAAAUAAAACUCGCCUCCAAAUUUAA